UUUUCGCUAUCGUCGUCUACAUUGGUACUGCUCUUGCUAAUGCUUGUCCUCGUUCAGCUGUAUCCGGGUUGCUUCCUUGCCAAUGUUGUGAACCAAGGUGUACAUCAAUGCCACUGCUUCCUGCAAACCAGCCGCAGCUCAUCCGCGCCAGUCAGAAAGAUGAGUAUUACCAGAACUGUUUGCGGAACAACGCCAACGAAGCCUUUCAAACGUUUGCAGGGUCCAAGAGGUGGCUACAAUGGAGAAAAGAGAUUGAGUUAGUAUCUGACCUUGCCUAUUAUGGUUUAACAACAUUUACAGGGUACCAGACACUGGGUGAAGAGUAUUGCAGCAUCGUCCAGGUUGACCCCACCAAACGCAGGGUGCCCUCCCGUGCCCGACGCGGGGCUCUGGUGCUGCUGCACAGCUUCCUGCCAUACCUCCUGGACAAGCUCCUGGUCUGCCUGGAGAACGAGCUGCAGGCUGAGCACGUCGGGUCCCCAGGAGCCCAGAGCCCGCCGGCCUCUCGCUGGAACCCCGCUGCCUGCCUGAGGGCCAGGAUCCGCGGCGCGGUGGGCAUGCUGACGGAGGCGCAGAAGAGAGCGCUGCUCCCGGUCCUCUUCACUGUGCAGCAGGGGCUCACCAUAUUGCACAGGAUUCACGUGGCUCUCUUUUACAUCAACGGGGCCUUCUACCACCUUGGGAAGAGGGCAGCGGGCGUCAGUUAUCUGCGUGUGCAUGGCGGGGCCGGUGAUCACCAGGCCAUCCGCGUCAGCUACAGACUCCUUGGCUUGGUCUCCAUGCUGCAGCUGGGCCUCACACUGGCUCUGCAGCUCAACAACUUCCGCCAGAAACAAAGAGCGAGGCAGGAAUGGAAGCGCCACAGGAACCUUCCGUCCAGUGUCAGGCCCGUGGAGGCCCCCGCCUCUCGAACCUCUCGCUGCAUCCUGUGCCUGGAGGAGAGACGGCACUCCACCACCACCCCCUGCGGCCACCUGUUCUGCUGGGAGUGUAUCACCGAGUGGUGCAAUACCAAGGCAGAGUGUCCCCUGUGUCGUGAGAAAUUCCAGCCUCAACGAUUGGUGUAUCUACGAAACUACAAAUAGAGGAACUACUGGCAGCACCUGAGCUUAACUAACACAUGCUUUGAUCCAUCAUGUAUUUUACCCCACUAUGUUGGGUUGCCAGUCAAUGAGCCUUGUGUUACCAAACGAAGUAGUGAUGCAUUGCAUUGAGUUAAUUUAUUGCUCUGGAGUAACUGUCAGAGAAUACCUGUUACGUACUUGUGCACAGAGCUGUACAAAGCUACAAACAUUUUUCCUUUUUUGAGGGGAGGGGUAAAAUUAUGCAAUGAAAUUGUAAUUUAUUAUAUAACUCGUUUAUAUAUAAACACUAACUUUCAUACAUUUUUCAAUGAAUGAGUUUGUAAAUUACAAAUUGGAUUGCAUCAAUCCGUGUAACUCCGUUAAUUGCGACUGUAACGAAAUUCUUCGAAAUUUCAAAAUAAUUAAUUUUUGUCUUGUAAUAUACUGAAUAAUUGUGUCCAUAUCGUUACGUAGUUCAACAGUACCACCAACUUAAAAACUGCAGUAUGUGUCAAAUGAGCUGUUGUAUGCCUGAGGACUUGCAAAAAAUAAAUUAUCCAAAGAUUUUGUGGUU